UCCCUCUUAUUGGAUACACGGGAGUGCGGCGAGGCGGAUGUUGUCGUCUUUGCAAGAGCCCAAACCGGCAAGAUGGCGUCGAGUGGUCGGGAGCUUGGGGGCGUAUUCGACCACCACGUCCAGCGGGCCGUAUGCGACACAAGGGCCAAGUAUCGGGAGGGGCGACGGCCUCGCGCUGUCAAGGUAUAUACAGUCAAUUUGGAAUCUCGAUACUUAUUAAUACAAGGAGUUCCUGCAGUGGGAGCGAUGAAGGAAUUAGUUGAGCGAUUUGCUCUAUAUGGUGCAAUUGAACAGUAUAAUGCUCUAGAUGAAUAUCCAGCAGAAGACUUUACAGAAGUUUAUCUUAUUAAAUUUAUGAAUUUACAAAGUGCAAGGAUAGCCAAGAGGAAAAUGGAUGAACAGAGUUUCUUUGGUGGAUUGCUUCAUGUGUGUUACGCUCCAGAAUUUGAGACUGUUGAAGAAACUAGAAAAAAAUUACAAGAAAGAAAGGCUUAUGUAGCAAGAACUACUAACAAUAAAGAUCAUUAUAUGACAAAGAAGAAACUGGUUACAGAGCAUAAAGACACAAAAAAUUUUAGACAGCACUUCCAUUCGGAGACAUCUGGAUUUUGUGCGGCUGCUGCGAACACUUCUAUUGGGAACUCAGAUUCUUGUCUUCCUUAUUCUUGUGAAUUGCCUUUAUGUUAUUUCUCCUCAAAAUGUACGUGUUCAUCAGGGGAACAUGUGGACAGAGCAUCAAACUCCUCUCAGGAUUGUAGAAACCAUGAUGAAACAGUGGAGUAUUGUAACCACAAUGACUCUUUGCAGAAAAUGCAAAUGAAAACUUUUAGAAAUUCAGUGGCCUGCCCUGGUGCACAGAAGGCUAUCACUCCUUCAGAGGCAGUUGACAGAUUUAUGCCUAGGACAACACAACUGCAGGAGCGGAAAAGAAGAAGAGAAGAUGAUCGUAAACUUGGAACGUUUUUUGAAACAAGCACAAGCAGUAAUGAGGUUAUGAUUGGGCCUCUGUUGCCAGACAUACCCAAAGUGGAUAUGCAUGAUGACUCCUUGAAUACAACAGCAAAUUUAAUUCGGAAUAAACUCAAAGCGGUAAUUUCAUCUGUGCCAAAGCCUCCAGAGGACAAGCUGGAAGAUGUCCAUACAAGUCGUCCAUUAAAACAAAGAAGAAGAAUAUAGAUUGUCAGCAACUAAUUAAUAUUUUCUAAGGGACUAUUUAUUUUCUAUUUUUAGCCUGUAAUUUUAAUUCUUGAAGAGAUUUUACUGCUGGUAUUUUUUUAAUGCACUUUUCUUUGUAAUUUCAUUUAAACUACUUGUCUAAUAUAGUUUUAUCUUUUAAAAUUAGUUUAUCAUGUACAACAUACAUUUCAUCCAAAUAUAUUCCUUAAAAAAAAAAAAA